CUGGUGAAAAAGGUUUAUGAGGACACCUGUGUUGCAAAACGAUGGAGAGGAAUAUGUAAAAAGAUAUAGGAAAUUAGAGGCAAAAGAAGUUGAGACGGCAGGUGUCAACUGUUCUUCCUAUACACCAGGAUCAUCUCAGCAUGAAUCUACUGUGGUGACUUACAUACCAGAUCGCAAUUACAAAUACCCUGAUUUGCCCAUCUCAAGAUACAAGGAAGAGAUUCUUUCAUUGAUAGAAAACCACUCAGUGGUAAUUGUACAUGGAUCUACUGGUAGUGGCAAAAGCACACAACUUCCACAGUAUGUUUUGGAUUACUGUGGGCAGCACUCUAUUUAUUGUAACAUUGUAGUUACACAGCCCAGGAGAAUUGGUGCCAGCAGCAUUGCAAGAUGGAUUAGCAAGCAGAGAUCGUGGCCCUUGGGUGAACUUGUGGGCUAUCAGGUUGGUUUAGAAAAAGUUGCAACAAAGAAUACAAAGCUGAUUUAUAUGACAACUGGUGUCCUCCUGCAGAAAGUAGUUGGAGCCAAAAGUCUUUUGGAGUUCACCCAUAUCUUCAUAGAUGAAAUACAUGAGCGUACAGAAGAUAUGGAUCUUUUGCUGCUGGUGAUCCGGAAACUGCUGCGAACAAAUUCACGAUUUGUGAAGCUAAUUCUGAUGUCUGCAACUAUUGACUGUGAAGAGUUUGCCAACUAUUUUGCACUACCAGUUCGCAACAAAUUGUAUCCAGCCUAUGUAUUUCAAGUGGAAGGAAAACCUCAUGCGAUUGAGAAAUAUUAUCUGGAUGAUCUGAAGCCUGUCCUUAGUCACAUUAAGAUUCCUCUUCAAAUUAAUGAGGACCCACUCAUACACCCAGAUAUGUACAAAGCUGCAGUUGCUCUAAUACAGUGGUUUGAUGAGCUGGAGACAAAGGAAAAUAGGAAAAAAACGGAUCGCAAUUUGGAGUUUGUGUCAGACCGUGGCAGUGUGCUAGUAUUUUUACCAGGUUUGGCGGAAAUAACUUACUUGCUUGAGCUUCUCACAAAUAUGGUCCACAGGAGGUUACAAGUAUAUCCACUCCAUUCCAGUGUCACAUUAGAAGAACAGAAUAAUGUGUUUUUGGCGCCAGUUCCUGGUUAUCGAAAAAUCCUUCUGUCUACAAACAUAGCACAGAGCUCUGUAACAGUACCAGAUGUCAAAUAUGUCAUUGAUUUUUGCUUGAGUAGAAAUCUCGUUUGUGAUGAAGAUACCAACUAUCAGAGUUUGAGACUUUGUUGGGCAUCUAAGAACAGCUGUGAUCAGAGGAUGGGUCGAGCUGGUCGUGUGUCCAAAGGAUACUGCUACAGACUAGUAUACAAAGACUUCUGGGCAAACUGUAUACCGAAAAGCACUGUUCCUGAGAUGAUGCGUUGCCCAUUGGAAACUACUGUACUGAAAGUGAAGAUGCUUGACAUGGGAGAACCAAGAGCUCUGUUAGCAACCGCUCUCUCGCCUCCUGUUAGCAGUGAUAUUGAACGCACAAUUCUGCACCUUAAAGAGGUGGGGGCACUUGCUAUUAAUGAUCAUUUUGAAGAAAGAAAUCCUUACGAUGGUGAGUUGACCUUUCUGGGAAAAGUGCUGGCACAGUUACCUGUGAAUCAUCACCUAGGCAAACUAAUAGUUCUUGGACAUGUCUUUGGAUGCCUGGAAGAAACACUUAUAAUAGCUGCAGCCCUCUCUUUGAACAGUUUCUUUAUAAUACCUUUCAAGCAACAUCUUGAUGGAUAUAGGAACAAGCUACAAUUUUCUGGGAACAGCAGUAGUGAUUGUAUUGCGAUUAUUAAUGCAUUUAAGGAAUGGCAAGAAAACAGGAAAAAAGGAAAGCUUAGGCAUCCAAAGAAUGAAGUGGACUGGGGCCGUUCCAACUACAUUCACAUCAAGAGAAUAAGAGAGGUGGCUGAGUUGUAUGAGGAGUUGAAAAAAAGAAUUAGCGUAUUCAAUAUGCAUGUCAACACUCAUUCUCCCAUCAUGGAUCGAGAGCAUGCAUAUAAGCAGCGUUUUAUUUUGCAGGUGGUGAUUGCUGGAGCUUUCUAUCCAAAUUAUUUUACCUUUGUGCACCAUGAUAAAGAAGUUGCUAUAAGGGAAUUGUCAGGCAGAGAUCCCAAAACAACAGUGAUGUUAAAGAACAUUCCUCCCUAUGGCUUUCUGUAUUAUAAGCAGCUGCAAUCUCUAUUCAGACAGUGUGGUCAAGUCAAAUCCAUUGUUUAUGAUGGAAGCAAAGCCUUUGUAGAAUUUACUCGGAAUCCUACAGAACGUUUUAAAACACUUCCUGCCGUGUAUUUUGCUCUUAAAAUGGCACAAAUGAGGAUUCCAUUUGAACUGAACACCCAUUCCUCAGAGGAGAUAGAGGACAAAUUGGGAAGUAUAAGUGGCAACAUUCUAAGGGACAUGAGAGUGAACGUUGACUUUCAGAAACAUACUGUGACUCCCGUGCAGAAGUUUUGUAAUACCUUGGAAAAACUGCCGACUAUAAAUAGUCUUGAUUUAUCUAUUUGUGUCACUGAGAUUGUAGAAGUUGGGCACUUCUGUGGAUACAGAACAGAUGAAAGAAGUAUGGCUGCAUUACAAAAACUGUCUGCUGAGAUUGGCCAGCUGGAGUUGACCUCUUUGCCUAUUCGCCCUUAUCCAGACUUGGUUUGUUUGGCACCUUUUACUGAAUGGGAAAAAGAGAGGUACUACCGUGUCCAAAUCCUGUACGUGUCUGGAGACAGUGCCCAGGUGUUCUAUGUAGAUUAUGGCAAUAGAUCAAAAGUGGCUUUAAACCAGUUGCGAGAGAUUCCAAGCAACCUCCAAGAGAUUCCCUUUCAGGCUCUGGAAUUCAAGGUGCGCAGAAUACGUCCUUCUGCAUGGUCUCUUGUUUGUGGAGAACAAUGGAGUUAUGCUGCAAACCAAAGAUUUGCUUCCUUGGUCAGCGACCAUGUUCUGAUGGUGAAGAUUUUCUCAAUUGUACAUGGCAUCUUACAUGUGGAUGUGUUUCAGUGCUCUGGCAUUGCGAAAGUGGUGAAUAUCUGUACCAUACUUAUUGAAGAAGGCUAUGCAGAACCUGCAGAUGACUCUUAUGAAUCAAAACUAAAUCAUGAAACUCUCGAGCAAAUGUUUUCAAAUCCAGAAAAGUGUGAGGGAAAUAAAUCGGCAUCCCUCCAGAUGUGCUCAAGAGAAGAGAAUGCGCUGACUGAAAUACUGGAGCGCUGCUCUGCUAAGAGGAUUUGUCCCCCAAACUGCAAAGUCACACUACUUGGCCCCUUCAAUGUCUGCAGCCUAAAAUUCAGCAGUAUGACCAGAAUUUCCAGAUUCAGAACAAUCUUGGUAGAGAAGGAGAGCGUAAACUCUGUGGUUUUAGUUGAUGGUCCUGAAAAUGCAUUUCAACAAAUACUGGUUUCUGCUUCCAUAUCUGUAAAUGCAACAGGCUCAACAAUGAUUCUAAAGGAAACUUCUCUCAUGCCUCAUAUCCCUGGUCUCCCAGCAUUACUGAGCAUGCUCUUUUCUCCUGUGAUAGAUCUCAGGGUUGAUGAAAGCAGAAAGAGAUACACUGGUGUCCUAUGUGGUUUGGGCUGGAACCAGUCUCUGGGCAGCCCAGUCCUCCAAGAUCAUGAUAUGGAACUUGCAUUUGAUGUGAUGAUUGAUGCAGAUGACAUAACACAGAUAAACAUUCUGAGGACAUGUAUUAACAAAUUAGCCUCUGAUGAACCAAACGGCCUGCUGCAUUUUGGUCCUGAGAAAAUUGCCCAAUUGCAGAAUACGGCUCGCGAAAAGCUUUUAAGCUUAAUUUGCAAAUCAAAACCCCGUGAAGCUGUUCCUCCCACAUGGUAUAAGAAGUCAUACGAAUGGACCCAGCUGAGAUCAUCACUUGUUAUUGAUCCAUCUGAUCAGCCAGUUGUAAGCAGGAGAAAUUCCUCUCUAUACCAGUUGCAUAAGUUGGUGUUGUUAUAUGCUUAAAUUCAUGCUGAAA